AAGAUGGCGGCCCAGGAUGAUGUUUAUGCGGUUGUCGGGAAUAUUCCGCGCCGUCUUCGCUCUGCUGAUCUCCGCCAUCAGUUCUCACAGUUCACUGAGAGUGGUGGCUUCAGCUGUUUUCAUUACCGGCACCGGCCCGAAAGGAAGAGGUUGCCGUCCUCGACUGUAGCCAGGGAACCGGAGCUAGGCCGCAGCCCGACCUGCUGCUGUGUGGUUCGGCUGCCAGCUGAUCGAGCCUCCAGCUUUCAGCUGAUGUACGACGGCUGUCAAUGGCUGGAUAGGGCCGGAGACAGUCUGCAGAGCCGCUGCUUCAUCCGUAUUGUCCGACCGGCGGAGAUUGCAGAUUCUCACCUCUUCUCAUACAAAACCAGAAAGGAACUUCGGAAUCGAAGAGCUCUAAGUGAGACUUUCACACCUGAGGACUUGUCCAGAUUGCCAGAGUUAAACCCCCCAACGCUGAUGCCCAAUGGGAAUGUGGGAACGCCACUGAGAGUUUUCCUAGAAUUGAUCCAAGCAUGCCGUUUGCCACCCCGCAUUAUCACCAAGCUUGAUCUGAAAUUUCCCAAGACCACCUCAAAAAGGCGUUAUGGUAAUGUUCCUUUUAAGUACCAGGACUCUGCUUCCUUCAAGUGUAUGGAGGCAAUAUGUACAGCUGCAGGAGAAAACCUACAGAGAGAUGUCUGUGCUCCUGUGCAGCAAACAGGAAAGAAGCAACACGGAACUGGACACAGGAAGUCUUUCCAGACAGGAGAUGAGGAGGAGGCAGAGGAGUCUCAUUCUGAUGAAGACAAUGAUACAUGCGAGGAAUGGGAAAGACACGAAGCACUCUACGAGGAUGUUACGACUCAGGAGAGGAUGAAGGAACGACUCUAUGAGGAAGAGAUUGAACUCAAGUGGGAGAAGGGAGGGUCGGGACUGGUGUUUUACACUGAUGCUCAAUAUUGGCAGGAGGAGAAAGGAGAUUUUGACGAGGAGACUGCAGAUGACUGGGACGUCGAUAUGAGUGUCUACUAUGAUAAAGGUGGCGGAGAUAAAGAUUCACAGGAUUAUGUGCAGAUGAGGCUAGAACAACGGCAAAGAGAGGGUGUGGAGAUUGUCUCGGUGCAGUCCCCACGUAUUGGAGGUUUUGAACGAUAUACUAAGGGAAUUGGCAGGAAGGUGAUGGAAAAGCAGGGGUGGAGAGAUGGGCAAGGUCUUGGUUCCAGUAAUUCUGGUCUGGCUGAUGCUCUGGACAAUGAUGGUCAGAACCCCAAGUGUAAACGAGGAUUUGGAUAUCACGGAGAAAGAAUCCAGAACUACCAACCAGCACGCAAAGCACGUCAACAAACCAAGCACUUGAUUUCAACUGUGUACGACCAGCCUGAGGAAAUAGACCAGGGUGACACUCUGCUCCGUAGACAGCCGGUGAUCAGCAUGAAGUACAGAAUGGAUGUGCAGUUUGUCAAAGGGUCAGAGCUAAGCACCUACACUCUUUUACGCCAAUAAUAACAUUCUCCUGUUGUUGGUAUAUUCUUAGUGGAGUCUGGUACUUCUGUGAAAUACAGUGUUAGUCUUGAUACCUCUGUGCCUUGGCACUGACAAUGCAACAAGGUGUAAUAUUCACAGGUGCAAACCAUGGUCCAGGUUCCCCAACCCCAUCUAACAUUGACCACACAUCAGCAUACAACCUGGAACAAUCAUACAGUAAACAUGAUCUCUAAGCAACUGAGGGACUGGAUGAAGUUCUAGCAAAAUGAUCAGUGGAAGAACAGUAACAACUCUUGGUAUUUAUAUGCCUUUGCUCUAGUGGAAAGAUAUCUCAACCAUGCUUCCCAGAAUCAUUAUCAGAAAAUUAUUGUCUUCAUGUUAAAGGAGCACUUGGGCAAGCUGAAAAGCUUGGAGAGGAGAUGCACAAAAGGCUACGAUGGAAGGCAUGACGAGAUUUGAACAGAAGGUUGAAAAUUAUAAUUCACAGGUAUCAUAGAACAUAGAAAGUUACAGUGCAGUACAGGCCAUUUGGCCCUUGAUGUUGUGCUGACCUGCGAAAUUAAUCUGAUGCCAAUCUAACUACACUGUUCCAUUAUUAUCCAUACAUAUGUCCAAUGCCCAUUUAAAUGUCCUUAAUGUCGGCUAGUCUACUACUGUUGCAGGCAGGCCGUUCCAUGCUCCUACCACUCUCUGAAUAAAGAAAUUACCUCUAUGUCCUAAAUCUAUGUCCCCUCAUGUUAGCCUUCACCAUCCGAGGAAAAAAGCUCUCGCUGUCCAGUCUAUCUAACUCUCUGAUUAUCUUAUACGUCUUGAUUAAGUCACUCCUUGACCACCUUGUCCCCAACAAAAACAGCCUCCGUUCCCUCAGCCUUUCCCCUUAAGACCUUCCUUCUGUACCAGGCAACAUCCUAGUAAAUCUCCUCUGAACCCUUUCCAAAGCUUCCACAUCUUUCCUAUAAUGUGGUGACCAGAACUGCACGCAAUACCCCAGGUGCCUUGUAGAACUGAAGUAUGACUUUGUGGCUCCGAAACUCAAUACCCCUACCAAUAAACACCAACACCCCCUAUGCCUUUUUAACGACCCUAUCGACCUGAGUGGCAACUUUCAGGGAUUUAUGCACCUGGACACCAAGGUCUCUCUGUUCAUCUUCACUGCCAAGAAUUUUACCAUUAGCCCAGUACUUUGCAUACCUGUUACUUCUUUUGAAGUGAACUACCUCACACUUUUCCGCAUUAAACUCCACUUGUCACUUCUUAACCCAGUUCUGCAUCUUAUCUAUGUCCCUCUGUAACCCACAACAUCCUUCCGCACUAUCCACAACUCUGCCUGCCUUAGUGUCAACUGCAAAUUUACUAACCCAUCCUUCUACGCUUACCUCCAGAUCAUAUAUAAAAAUGACAAACAGCAAUGGCCCCAAAACAGAUCCUUGCAGCACAUCGCUGAUAACUGAGCUCCAGGAUGAACAUUUCCCAUCAACCAUCACCCUGUCUUCUUUCAGCUAGCCAAUUUCUGAUCCAAACUGCUAAAUCACCUUCAAUCCCAAGACUUAUUUUAUACAAUAGCCUACCAUGUGGAACCUUAUCAAAUGCCUUUACUGAAGUCCAUAUACACCACAUCAACCUUCAUCCACCUGUUUUGUCACCUUCUCAUAGAACUCAAUAAAGUUAGUGAGGCAUGACCUACCCUUCACAAAAUUGUGUUGACUAUCCCUAAUUAAAUUAUUCCUUUUCAGAUGAUUAUAAAUCCUAUCUCUUAUAACCUUUUCCAACACCUUACCCACAACUGAGGUAAGGCUCACUGGCCUAUAAUUACCAGGGUUGGCCCGACUCCCCUUCUUAAACAAAGGAACAUGUUAUCCUUCAGUCUUCUGGCACUACUCCUGUUGGUGAUGAUGACAUAAAGAUCAAAGCCACAGGCUCUGCAAUCUGCUCCCUGGCUUCCCAGAGUAAAAAAGGAUAAAACCCAUCUGGUCCUGGGGUCUCAUCUAUUUUCAGAUUUUCCAAAAUUGCAAAAACCUCCUCUUUGCCAACCUCAACCCCAUCUAACCUUGUCACCUGUAUCUCUGUAUUGUCACUAACAUUGCCCUUUUCCAAUGUGAAUACUGACAAAAAGUAUUCAUUAAGCGCUUCCCCUAUGUCCUCAGAGUCUACACACAACUUUCCACUACUAUCUUUGAUUGGCCCUAGUCAUUCUUUUAUUCCUGAUAUACCUAUAGAAGCCUGAAGGUUUUCUUUGAUCCUAUCUGCCAACAACUUCUCAUGUUUCCUCCUGGCUCUCCUUAGCCCUAUCUUUAGAUAUUUUCUGGCUAACUUAUAACUCUCAAGCCCUCUAACUGACCUUUCACGCCUCAUCUUCUCAUAAGCCUUCCUCUUCCCCUUGACAACAGCUUCAACUUCUUUAGUAAACCAUGGCUCUCUCUCUUGAUAACUACCUCCCUGCCUGAUAUGUAUAUAGUUAUCAAGGACCUGUAGUAGCUGUUCCGUGAAUAAGCUCCACGUUUCAAGAGUGUCCAUCCCUUGCUGUUUCCUUCCCCAUCCUAUGCAUUCUAAAUUUUGCCUGAGUGUAACACCUCCCCCCACCCCCGCCUCGUUAUACCUCUUUCCCUGCAGUAUAUACCUUCAAAUCUAACACCUGGCUGGGAUCAUUCACCAGUAGUAAAUCCAAUAUGGUCUCACCCCAUGUUGGUCUGUCUACAUACUGUGUCAGAAAACUCCUGCACAUGUUGAACAAAAUCUCACCUAUCUACACUAUUUGAACUAUAAUGUUCCCUGUCAAUACUGGGGAAAUUAAAUCCCCCAUAACAACUACCCUGUUCCUCUCACUCCUUUCGAGAAUCAUCUUUGCUAUCCUUUCCUCUACAUCCCUGGAAUAAUUUGGAGGCCUAUAGAAAAUUUCUAAGAGUGACCUCUCCUUUCCUGUUUCUACUCUCUGCCCAAACUACCUCAGUGGAUGAGUCCUCAAACAUUAUCUCAGCUGCUGAUUAGCAAGCCACACCCCCUCCUCUUUUACCAUCUUCUGUGUUCUUGCUGAAACAUUUAAAUCCCGGAAUCUACAACAACCAUUCCUGUCCCUUCUCGAGCCAUAUCUCCAAAGUGGCCACAACAUCAACAUCCCAGGUACCAGCCCCUGCUGCAAGUUCACCCACCUUAUUCCAGAUGCUGCUGGCAUUGAAGUACACACAUUUCAAACCAACAUCCUGAUUGUUGGUGUCUUCUCGGAACCUUGUAAAACUCUCCCUGACCUCUCUACCCUCAAUCUCCUGUACACUGGAAUAACAUUUCAGGUUCCCAUUCCCCUGCUGCAUUAGUUUAAACCCCCCCCCCCCACCGCGAAGAGCAUUAGCAAAGCCCCGAUAUUGGUACCCCUCUGGUUCAGGUGAAGACCAUCCUGUUUGUAGAAGUUUCACCUUCCCCAAAAACAGCUCCAAUUAUCUAAGAAUCCAAAACCCACCCUCCUGUACCAGCCAUGUGUUCAACUCUGCUCUCUCCCUGUUCCUUCACUAGCAUAUAGCACGGGCAACAAAUCAGAGAUAACAACUCUAUUUGUUCUGGCUCUAAGCUUCCACCCUAGCUCCCUGAAUUUCUGCCUUAGAUCCCCACCUUCUUCCUCCCUAUGUCAUUGGUGUCUAUGUGGACCACAACUUGGGGCUGCUCCCCCUCCCCCUCAAGGAUUCCGAAAACAUGAUCAGAGUCAUCACGAACCCUGGCACCUGGGAGGUAACACACCAAUCAUGAAUCUCUCUCAUUCCCACAAAACCACCUAUCUGUCCUCCUAACUAUGCAGUUCCCAAUGACUAAAGCUCUGCUCCUCUUCCCCCUUCCCCUCUGAGCAAGAGACAGACUCUGCACCAAAAAUCUGUGCUCCGUUGCUUACCCCUAGUAAAUUGUAACCCUCCACAGUAUCCAAAACGGUAUACUUGUUGUUGAGGGGAACCACCACAGGAGAUCCCUGCACUGCCUGCUGGUUCCCUUCUUACCCCUGAGGGUAACCCAUCUACCUUCUUCAUGUGGCUGUGGAGUAACUACCUAACUAUAACUCCCUUCACCUCCUGAAUGAUCCGAAGUUCAUCCAGCUCCAGCUCCAGUUCCCUAACAUGGUUCUCAAGGAGCUGGGGUUGGGUGCGCUUGCCACAAAUGAAGUCAGUAGAGACACCAGAGGUGAUCCUGCAGGAGGAACAUUCAACUGCCCUCACCUCCAUUCCUGCUAUUCUAAAGUCCCAAACAGACUGCUGGAAAAAAAAAUUGAAACACAAAAGAAAACAUUUGUCACCUUACCAACCGACGCACAGAGCUUUUUUUUUGGUUAGAGGAGGAGAAUGGUGGAAGACACUUCCCGAAUAGUGUUUCGAGUAAAGCAACCGACCAAAUCUAUGACCUCGGGACGUCUAUGUCCAGGAACUGAAGAAAAAUCAGAACUGAAAGAAAUUGAAACCGUAUACUCGCGUAUCCCGACAGGCUCUGCUGUAUCCUGGAGACCUCGGGACCUCUCUGACUGCAUCCAGGUGUCAGGGACAAGGACAUAAACUCCAUUCCCUUAUUCUAUUCAGAAUAAAGUCUGCUUUCUACAUGUUUUCCACUGCAUCUGUGGGUCAGAAGAUAGUUAUGGAUGGGACAAGACUUUCAGCUCAUCUAAAUUUAUCCUAAAGUUCCCAAUGUUUCUGGAGUUUUGCCUCCAUAUGUCUAUCUGGAUUGAUUCCAAGUGGCUAACAUUCUUUAGCUGAAGGAGAAGAAUUUUCUGACAUCUGAACCUGUACCACCAUCCAAUUUCCAUACUGAAAAUAUUUUAGGUUCACAUUUUCAAUGCUUUUAACAACCUAUGCACAUGUACGUAAUCACCCUGCACAAGUCCCAUUUCCAGACUGAUUGAUUAGCCCAAGUCUCACCAGUUGUUCCUCAUAAUACACUAUGACACUGAAGUUCAGCCUUCCCAACAUGGUGUCCAAAAUGUCUUAUGUCUUUACAAACACAUCUGUACUCAGUAGCAGGAGAACAUCUAUCCAGAGUCCUGGGUAGUUCAACGUUCCACAGACAUUGUUUAUUGUUACUCUGCUCUAGUUUGACAUGUUGACUUCACAAAGCUAUUCUGCUUUAUUCUGAGCUGAUGUAUCAACAUUCAUGGAUGCUGUAUGACUUUUGUUUCCUUCCUAAAUCUGCAUUUUGUCAUGUUUGCCUGCAUUAAGUUCCAAUUCUCUACAAUCAUUGAAUGACACAUCACAGAAGAUGACCACUUGAGCUAUGAAGUAUGUGCCAGCAAUUUGGUAUUGCUUUCCCCCAAUCCCCUUUCUUUUUCCCCUUCAAGUAUUUUACCAAUUCACUUUUGAAAGUUACUAAUUAAUCCGUUCCACCUCACUUUCAAGCACUAAAUUUCACAUCACAGCUUGCUGAUUAAAAACGUUUCCUCAUCGUUCCGCCCAAUUAAGUAUUGCAAUUAACCAUCCUGUAAUUUGAGUUGCAUCUACCGAUUUAUCACUCCCCAGUUUGAAAUUUAACAAAGACAAAUCUAACCACUUUGUACUGAAUUUCUGAAUGUUUCUGCAUUUGUGCACAGUCACUGUAUAUUUGGUGAUUUUGGUACAUGGAACCCUUAAUCUCUCUAUUCAUUUAGUUCCUAGCUUCUUGUCAUUUUUUAAAAAAAUCUAAUCUUUCUUUCCUCGCUCCUAGGUUCAAAGCAAGUGAUUUCAUGCUUCCUACAUUAAUAGGACAGAUGAAUUUUGAUGUUCCUUUGCAAUAUUCCCUAUUUAUUGUCACCUAAAUUGGUAUUAUCCUCAAACUUAAAAUUUGCAGCUUUCUCUAAAUUUUCAUCUUCAUUUAAAAAGUGAAAAAUUGUGACCUAGCAUCAUGUGGUCAUGUUGGGUUGCUGAGGAAUAGUAUUCCAAACAUAGAAUAUGUUUGUCUCAAAGCUAACAUGAUUCAGGCUAUUCUGGAAAUGAAUAAGAAAUAAUACAAAUAAACUAAGAAGUUAUUACUAUUUUUAGCCUACUAUCUGUCAUGAGCAAGUUACUAAAAUCUUUAGAAAGUGACCGAACAAAUGAAGAAACAAACUAAUCACAAACCUAUGCUGUUCUCUCAGGUGGGUAUGUCAUGCAUAAUUAACAUAGUUGAAUUUUUGAGUAUGUAAUUAAGGUGGUAGAUCAGGAAAUAUCCCAGCAGAAGAAACUUUAGAACCCCAUGUCAUGAAAAAUAUUGUAGUUAGGAAUUUUAUACAAAAGUUCGUAUGUACUCGACAUUAAAACAUUACAGAUUCUGGAAAUCUGAAAUAGAAACACAUGCUGGAAAUGCUCAGCAAACCAUUCUGAUGACGAGUCAUCAUCAACUGUUUUUCUUACAAUGCUACCUCACAUGCUGAGUGUUU